GUCGGAAUUUUGUGUACCGGCCGAUACACCAAAAUAUGACCGAUACACCUAAGUUCAAACUAAAAAAAAAAAACAAUGGAUUUCCGAUUGCAGAUCUGUUUCUGUUCUCCUUCUUCAUCACGAAUGACGAACGCCACACGCCGCACACCGCGAACAUCUUCCUCAACCUGUCAUCGGUGGGUUGGAGAUUCAGGGAAUGCUUCGCUUCCGUGAUUACCGGCUAGAUCUGCUUCAUCUUCUCCCCAUUUCUGUGCUUGGAAUUUUAUCUUCUGGCGUAAUUCUGCUGCCAGUUCUUGUACCAGUGGCUGCAACUGAUAGUGCCAUAAUUGAUAGUGAUAAUUGGGCAAACUCAACGUCAAAUUAUUCACAAGCUUUAAUAAAUGGGACUUUCAGUAGACUUGACAAGUUAUCAAUGGGAAAUGUCAAAGAAAGAAGUCCGAGGCUGUGGGCAUUCCUUAUAGCUACCUACUGGGUUUCUUUUGUCACUUACUACUUGUUAUGGAAGGCUUAUAAACAUGUUACUCAAAUGAGAGCCAAGGCCUUAAUGUCUCCUAAAGUGAAACCUGAGCAAUUUGCUGUUCUUGUAAGAGACGUACCAAAUCCCCCAGAAGGUCAAAGCAAGAAACAACAGGUUAAUAAAAUCUGGAAAGAAUUGGAAGGUUGCAAAAGGAAGCUUGCACAUGCAGAAGCUAAAUAUGCAAAAUCAAAGAAGAAAGGAAAUACAGAAGGAAUAAGACCAACAAACAAAACUGGCGUCCAUGGCCUUAAAAUUGGCAAAAAGCUUGAUAGCAUAGAUUACUACACUGAAAAGAUCAGAGAACUAACCCGCAACUUGAAAGAUGAACAAAAGGUCACUGUUCAGAAGCGGCAGCAAUGUUCUGCACUAGUUUUCUUCAAAAGUCGGGUGACUGCAGCUUGUGCUGGUCAAAGUUUACAUGCUCAGAUGGUGGAUAAUUGGACUGUUAUAGAUGCUCCUGAACCUCAACAACUUAUAUGGAAGAAUCUCACAGUCAAGUUCUUUCAUAGGCAAACACGACAGUAUGUUGUGUAUGUCAUCGUGUUUCUAACCAUAUCCUUUUACUUGAUUCCCAUAUCCUUUAUUUCUGCAUUAACAACCCUUACUAACUUGAAGAAAUUUCUUCCGUUUUUAAUCCCAAUUCUCAAAAUCAGAGCCAUUGAGACAUUAUUAGAAUCUUAUCUUCCCCAGCUUACUCUGUAUCUAUUCAUGGCUGUUUUACCCAAGUUUCUUUUGUUUCUCUCCAAGAUUGAAGGAAUUCCUUCUGAGAGCCAUGCAAUAAGGGCUGCAUCUGGGAAAUAUUUUUAUUUUAUCGUGGUGAAUGUUUUCAUUGGAUUUUCUAUUGGAGGAACUGUAUUCAGUACAAUCAAGAGAAUUCAGUAUAAUCCAAUCAAUUCCAUUGUUACCAUACUGGCUGAAAGCCUCCCAGACCGUGCAACUUUCUUCCUCACCUAUGUGGCACUACAUUGCUUAGGGGGCUUUGGACUUGAGCUUUCUCGAAUAAUUCCUCUAACCAAAUUUCACCUGAAGAAGAAGUUUUAUUGCAAAACCGAAGCUGAGAUAAGAGAAUCUUGGAUGCCUGGAGAUCUCAACUAUGGAAAAAGAUUCCCUCAUGACAUGCUUGUGAUCACAAUUGUCCUCUGCUACUCAGUCAUGGCUCCCAUUAUCAUCCCAUUUGGAGUGCUUUACUUUGGUUUAGCAUGGCUAGUUCUGCGGAAUCAGGCACUGAAAGUUUAUGCUCCAUCAUUUGAGAGCUAUGGAAGGGGGUGGCCGCACAUGCAUUCGCGUAUGCUUGCUGCUCUGCUGCUAUUCCAAGUUACCAUGCUUGGUUACUUUGGUGCUAAGGAGUUUUACUAUGCUCCACUCGCAGUUCCACUUGUUAUACUUUCCUUGAUCUUCGCCUUCGUCUGUAGAAAGAAAUUCUAUCCGGUUUUUCGUCAUACAGCCCUUGAGGUUGUUUGCCAUGAACAAGCGGAAAUUACUGACAUGGAAUUGGAAUGGAUAAUCAAAUCCUAUAUCCCCCCAUGUUUUCGCUCCGAGGAUUUUGCGGAUGACCAGCAGGAAGUUGCCUUAUCUAAAGUUUGAAGAUCAGUAUCAGUUGUUUGAUGUGCAUUGUACGGAUUAUUUCCACUUGGACAUUUUCUUGUUUGUUUAGAGUGAAGCAGAUGUUUGAAGAUUUUUUUUUUUUUAAUAAAAAAAUAUUUAUCAA